CUUUUAAAUAUAAAAUAGUAUCGUUUAAAAUGAAGGUAUUACAUCAAUCAAGAUUCAGAAUGAAGGAAAUGGCUAAAUUCGCCCUUACUAAGCUUAGGAAUGGUGGAACUGGGUACAAAGUAUGCGGAGCUACCUUUGGAGGUAUCAUGCUGUACACUUAUACAGUUGGACCAACCAUUCAGAGCGAAUUAUACAGGAUGGGUCUCGCAGGAAUUGCAGCUACUCUCUUUGUGGAACUUGCUUGUCAGCCUAUCGACACCUUAAACAUGAAGUCGAAGGUUAGCAAGAACUUUGAGAUCGCCAAGUUCAUCCAAAAGAAAGGAGUGACUUCUCUCAUGAGAGGAAUUCAGCCUGUACUGUAUGGCAUGGCCUUGAGCUCCUUCAUCUAUUUCAUUCUGUACAAGAAGCUCAAAGAUUUUACUAAGGUAAAGAUGGAUAAGUACAACAUUGAUAAAACCAGUCUUAGUUCCGUGUUCAUAAUGAGUGCUGGAGCAUCAACAUUGGCAAACUUGUGCGCCAUUAGUAUCUACUAUCCCUAUGAUUUGGUCAAAACACGGAUGCAGAUCAAAGGGAAAUACAACUACAAAAAUGUUGUUGAUGCAUUUCUUAAAAUCAGGAAGGAAAAGACUUCUCAGUACCGAGCUCAGAACUUUUUCAGAGGUCUAGGAUUCUAUUCACUUACUUUUAUUGGAUUCACAACAUUGGAAUUCUCGGUGUACGAAACGAUUAUGAUGUACCUAUCCAAAUCUAAUGAAGAUGCUAAGGAGCCUAAAGUAGCGCUCCCAAAUGAGCACCACGAGAGUCUUUUUGAGCACAAAGAGGAUAAAAAGCUCGCUCAUAUUAUCGUCUCUUCCGCAAUAGCAGGUGCUAUUGGAGGAUUUUUUACAAACCCGUUGGAGUUCCUCACCGUACAUAAGCAAGCUAACCCUAAAAUGAAUUUCAGAAAGAUGUUAUCAAAGUCUUCGCCUUAUGAGAUCUUUUUUAAGGGAUCUCUGUUCAGGACCUCAUACUACAGCUGUCAGGCUGUGAUGAUAUUUAUUCUGCUCGAAAAGCUAGGAGUUCACCUUGACUGUGAACUAUAG